AUGGUUGUUGUUGCCGUCGCAGGUGGCAGCAGUGGCCUUGGUCUCACUAUUGUUGAAGCCUUGAAAGCUCAAGGCAAACAUGAAGUUUUGAUCUUAAGUCGAAGGGAAAACACCGAGCUUGGAGAAAAACUAGGGGCUCUUGUUGUCGCCAUCGAUUACAGGAAUGCAGAGUCCAUUGAAUCAGCCCUAGAAGCCAACAACAUCGACACUGUCAUAUGCACAAUCAAUUCUCAGGAUGAUCUUGAGCCAGAACGAAACCUGAUCCUUGCUGCGGACAAAUCGCGCACUACCAGAAGAAUCAUACCCAGUGUUUUUGCUGGUUUUACAUAUCCCAUCAAAUACCCUGAUAGUACCCCUGUUGCGAAAGCCAAAUCUGAAGCUAUCAAGGCAGUUCAAAAAACAUCAUUGGAAUAUACUGCGUUCUACAAUGGCAUCUUUCUGGAUUACUACGCCGCUCCGCAAUUGAAAUCCAAUAUAUCACCUUGGCCUUUGUUUGUCGAUAUACUCCACGAAUCAGCAGCGGUCCCUGGUUCAGGAGAUGAUCUAGUCGUUUUCACUCACAGUACUGACAUCGCCAAAUUUGUUGUUCUGAGCUUAGAUCUCGCAGAAUGGCGAGAGGAAAGUUAUGUUUUGGGAGAGAAAUUGACAUGGAAUGAGUUCAUCAGACUGGCGGAAGGUGCAAAAGGUUCCAAGUUCAACGUUAUACAUGAUUCUGAGGCCGACAUGAAGGCUGGAAAUGUUUCGAUACUGCCCAGUUACGGGAAAAUGUUUCAACUUCCCGAAGCGGAUAUUAAAGCUCUGCUGUCCACUGCUGGAAUGUGGUUCGUGAAAAAGGAGCUUGAUUUGGAUCCUACACGUGCAUUGAACAAGGAAUUUCCAGAUAUUAAACCGAUGAAGGUAAAGGAUUUCUUGGGAUUGUCUUGGAAGUGCACCGAUCCUACUGUACUAGAAGUUAAGAUAUAA